AGUUUGGUUUGCUGUCAUAUGAUCCACACACUCAUUAUAUAAAUAUAUCUACUUGUUCCACUAUGCUAGUAGCACACUUAUUAUUUUACAUUCCAUUGCAGAUAAUUAUAAUAGUUUUCUGAAAUGAAAUGGAGCAGACAUCCAACAUUCAAGUCCAGAAAGUGAAGCUGGGUAAUCAGGGAUUAGAGGUUUCAAGAUUGGGAUUUGGAUGUGCAGGGCUGAGUGGGAUGCUAAAUACUCCACUUUCACAUGAAGAUGGAUGUUCAAUUAUAAAGGAAGCAUUCUCCAAGGGCGUUACGUUCUUCGAUACAUCUGAUGUCUAUGGAUACAAGCAUGAUAAUGAAAUCAUGAUUGGAAAGGCACUGAAGCAGCUUCCGCGUGAAAAAGUUCAAUUAGCAACAAAAUUUGGAGUUAGGUUCACACCUGAUAUGAAAGUUAUUAUCAGUGGAACUCCUGAAUAUGUACGUGAAUGUUGUGAGUCGAGUCUCAAGAGGCUUGGUGUGGACUACAUUGAUCUUUACUAUCAACAUCGAGUGGAUACUUCAGUGCCAAUAGAGGACACAAUAGGGGAGCUCAAGAAGCUAGUUGAGGAGGGAAAGAUAAAGUACAUAGGAUUAUCUGAAGCUAGUGUGGACACAGUAAGGAGAGCUCAUGCGAUUCAUCCUAUUACAGCAGUGCAGAUGGAGUAUUCUUUGUGGACUCGUGAAAUUGAAGAUGAUAUUAUUCCACUCUGUCGGGAGCUCGGUAUUGGAAUAGUUUCAUAUGGACCUCUUGGCCAUGGGUUCUUUGGGGGGAAGGCAGCGGUAGAGAGUUUGCCUAAAAAUAGUGCUAUGAAUAGGCAUCCAAGGUUCAUCGGGGAUAACCUAGAGAAGAACAAACUUUUAUACAACAGAUUCGCCGACCUGGCUGCAAAGCAUUCCUGCACUCCUCCUCAACUGGCUCUGGCAUGGCUUCAUCAUCAAGAAGACAGGGUUGUACCGAUCCCUGGAACAACAAAAACGAAGAACCUUGAUGCAAAUAUAGGAUCUCUACGAGUAAAGCUUAGUCGUGAAGAUGUGAAAGAAAUCAGCAAUGCCAUCCCUCCUGAUGAAGUAACUGGAGAAAGAGAGAUGUCUAUUCUUUCUGGCUACUGUUACAAAGUAGUUAAUACCCCAAAAUGUAACCUGUAAUUUCUUAUCCUUGUGAGUUGUGGGUGUUACUAAUUUACUAUCAGUGCCAGGAGCACUUCAGCUUUCUUUUUCCAGUUGGGAGAACAAAACCAUAAUAACAAAAAACUGUAAGAGCAUUGAACUUGUUAUGAUAUAAAUUAAAUCACUAGCUCAUGGUUGGAGAAUAGUUUGAUCAUGUCUGGGUAUCAAUGGAAAUGAGUAUCCAGUAAUCAGGACAUUGGUAAAAAAAUAGAUGUUAUUUAGUUUAUGAAUAGAUGGUCCUUGCAAGAUGCAUUGUGCCCAAAAUUGUCAAUAGAAAAUUUGAAGAUUUCUUUAAA